AUGAAUUCGUCCAUGCAACACAACAUGAGUGGCAGCAAUCCCGGCGGAAGCGGUGGUAGCAGUGCCAACAUGCGUGAUGCCAUGCAUUAUAGCGAAAUGAUGGAGGGGGAUAACGCAGGUGGGGUGAAAGGCACAGGGGCACACAACAGUUACAUGAACCAAGUAAACAGUAGCAAGAACCUACCCUGUACAUCCCCCCCAUCUUCUUAUAUGAACAAUUCCAACAACAUCAAUAUGGGUAAGGGUAUGCAUUUCAAUCCUAUGUCCAGUGGUGGGGAUGGGACAAUAAGUAUUACGAGUAGUCUACUAAGUAAUAAUGAACAGAGCAUGCAAAUGAGGCAAUCGAUGGGAAUGAGUAAAAAUUGUGGAGGUGCCUCUACCGGAGGUGCUAAUGCAUCUGGAGGAGGGAUGCACGAGCCAUACCAAAAACCCAUUUUAUCAAACUAUAACAUGCAAGUUCAGUCAUCCAUGGGAGGCCAUCACCACCACAUGGUUAGUGGUAAUCAGACAGGUGGCAAUGGCACUAACCAGAUGGGAGGUAGAUACAACAACAUGAGUUAUCCUAUGCAGGACAUGAAUUCAAAUGUUCAUAUGAACACUGGAAAGGGUCUCCAUACAAACGGCGAAAUGAAACAUAGUAAUAAGGAUCCCAAUUUUUUGGGUACAAAUAAUAUGAAACAGAACACCUUUGUGAAUAACAUGUAUUACCAGAGGAAUGACAUGAUGUUAAGAAAUAGCUCCAAUAGCUAUAAUAUGCAUGGGAACUAUUAUGGGUAUAUGAAUAAUGGCUAUUAUGGUGGCCCUUCAGCAUCCACCAAUUGUUUUAAACAGAAUGCCAACAUGAUGAAUACCGGUAACGGGGCUAGUAACAGUAGUGGUAGUAGCAACGGUGCGAACUACACGGAUAGUUUGAAUGCGGGUAAUCAUGGAGAGGGUGGCCUGAACAGCAAGUUGAGUGGUAAGGGCCCCGGAAGCAUGGCCGAUAAAUCUGCUUCUUUGAAAUCUAUUCAGGGCGGUAACGCCAGUAGUAGUUGUGGUGGUAUGAACGCAAGUCAAUUAAAUAUGGGAAGUAGGCCUCUCAGUGGUAGUGGAAUGAACUCCAUUGGAGGGAGUAACACCAACGGUAACAACGAUAACAGUUACAACAACAGCGCUGGUAACAACAAUCUGUGCGCGAAGAGCAUGAACAAAGGGACCACCGGUGUUGGUGGCACGGGUGGGAUGAAUGUCGACUCCACGGGGAUGCCGAACAAUGUUAUGAUGCAUAUGGUUAACAACAACGUUAUGAUGAAUAACAAGGUGAUGAGUAGCAUGAUGAUGGGUAAUAGUGGUGGUGGUUCAGGGGGGGCGAAGAAUGCCAUGGGAGGGGCCGGAGGUAUGCCCGGUAUGAACAUGGCAGGUGUAAACAUGGGCGGCAUGAACAUGGGUGGCAUGGGUGGUAUGGGUAGUAUGAGUAAUAUGGGUAGUAUGGGUGGUAUGGGAAAUAUGCAUGGUAAAGGAAUGAACGGUAUGCCAACCCACCGACCCAACAGCGUGAUGGAGAAAGCCAAUUCUCUGGGUGAUGUAAACAACAUGAGAUACCACCAUCCCAUAGGGGGAGGAGGCAGUAACAUGUACAACAAAAUGGGUUUCAACAAUUUGAGUGAAUACCCUUAUGAUAAUUAUGCAACGAACCACAUGUCUGCUAAGAGCGAGUGUGGCUCAAUGAGCAAAGAUAGCAAGGGUGCUCUUGGAGGAAAGAAUGGAAUGAAGCAUGGAAAGGGUAGCAAAAGUAUAAAGGACGAACUUUUAGAGAAGGAUGAUACCAUGGGCAUGAUGAACAGUUCCUCCCUCCUGUGUGAUGGCCAAACCACCGGUGGAGGAACAUCUACCAGGAAGGGGAAGGCAACUGUAGGUGCAGGUGGUGGAGUAGCGUCUGCCUCUAUGGAGCAGUUCAAUAGUGGUGGAAUGAUGAGCAGUGAUCAACAAUUGGGAGGAGGGAUGUAUAAGAAGUAUAACAAAAAUGGAGACAACCAAAUUGAUGUAAAGGAUAAAAAAAUGGGGAGCAGUAACAACAACGGAAAUGUUGUUAGUGGAGGAGGAGAACCAGGCAUAAAUACUGGAUCAAAUCAUCCAUACAACAUGUUCCCAAACUACAAUAUAAAGUAUCCAAUGAAUGUUGAUAUGUUUGGAACCAUGGGGACGAGCAACCCAUAUGGCAUGUCGAAUAAAGGAGGAGGAGGGACUUAUCCGAACAUGAAUUUAAUGAAUGGGAUGAGUGGAACGAAUGGAGCAAAUGAAAUGGCUAGCAGUGGUGGAAAUGUUAACACGUCUGGGGGAAUUUCUUACGGAGGGAUGAACAAAGUUAGUAGCAUUAACAACUAUAAUAUGAUGAACGCAUAUGGAGACAAUAGGUACAGUAACUUAAAGUCCAUGGAUCAGAUGAAGUCGUACAACGACGGUAUGGUUAUGGGCGGAGGAGGAGGAGGAACAGGAGGAGGACCAGCCGGAGCAGUAGGGCAACAUGGAAGUAGCAACCUAGGCAGUAUGAUGAGCAUGGGUAGUAUCGGUAACGUAGGUAACUACAACAGCUUGAACAGCUUCAUGCAGAGUAGGAACUACCCUAACGAAAUGAGUAUGCGUAUGAUGAACAGUAGAGGUAUGAUGGGGGUGAACAACCCCGCGAACAUGUGUAAUAAUCAGAGCGGAAUGAUGAUGAUGAGUGGUGGAGGAGGUGUUGGUGCAGGUGGAGUAGGAAUGCACGCAAAUCCAAGUAGUGCCGCCGCCCCAAGGUUUAAAAAUGAAGAGGUGGACGAAGACGAGUACGAAGAUGAGGAUGGACAUGAUGGAUCGGACCUCUAUGGAGGUAGUAAAUAUACGAAGAAAAGUGCAUCUGGAAAGCAGACGAACAGAGGCAAAAAAUCGGAGACACAAAAGAAAGAUAAGAAGAAAAAAAAAAAAAAAAAAAACGCAAAUAACUCUCUUGAUACAGAUGAAGAUGAGGACAAUGAUCUGUACGUUAACACGUAUGCGAAAAAAUCCCAUACGAGGAGCAGUAGUAAGAAAUCCCAGAUGUAUGAUCCUGUGGAGGACCGAUACAACGAAAAGGCAAAACGUAAUGAAAAGAAUGAUAUUUUUGUUUCUCCAUAUAUUGGCGCAGUGGAAGGAAGAACGAACUUGAGGGAGAGGAGGAAGGUGAGAAAUUACGCACAGAUGGAGAGCUACUUUGAGACAGACGAGGAGGACAAGAAGGUAGAUGAGGAAAAAAUGCUCCUCAGACAGGAGAAGCAGAUCAUGGGAGGCAUCGACCGAGUGUUGCACCAUAGAAGAAUCGUCGACUACAAAAAUGUGAAUAGUAUAAAGAACAACCCCUUCCUGUACAUCAACAAGAACAAAGGGAAUGGUGCGGGGAGCGGGGCAACUGGUAAUGGGGCAAAUAAGAGUGCCACAGAUGGCAAUGGGGGAAAUAAGAGUGCUACAGAUGGCAAUGUCGCAGUUGAAGGUGGAGUUGGUGAUGGUGCAGUUGGUGAAGGAGCGGUUGGUGAAGGGGUGGUCGGUGAAGGGGUGGUCGGUGAAGGAGUGGUCGGUGAAGGGGUGGUCGGUGAAGGAGCGGAUGGGAAGGUUGGCGCAGUGAACGAGCACGAAGACCAAGCGAUGGACGACUUUUACGAAGAGGAGGAUAUCGAAGACAUAAGUCAAGUGGAGUUCCUAAUCAAGUGGUUGGGCAAGUCGCAUAUCCACAACUUUUUCUGUACCUAUGAAUACCUGAGACUUUUCAAUGGACUUAAAAAGGUGGACAAUUACAUAAAGAAAAUAAGGCAGUCUUUUCAGAAGAGGAAGUACAUGACGGCAGAUGAAAUAGAGCAAGAGAAAAUUUAUUCCGAGAUUAAAAAGCAAAUUGAGAUGGAUGCAAUAAACGCAGAGAGAAUAGUAUCUCACAGAUUGUGUGAUGAAACCGGUGAACAAUUAUUUCUUGUCAAGUGGAUGAGUUGUGCUUAUGACCAGUGUACAGAGGAGACUAGGCAGACCUUAGUAGAUCAUGGGUUCACGAAACUUAUUGAAGAAUAUUUUGACAGGGAAAGUAAGAUAUGUGGAUUGAAGGCUUUUUCAAGUGUAUGGAACAGGGGUCCUCUAACAGCUACGAAAUUCGACCCAUACAAUGAGACCCCGUUUUAUCUGAAUGAAAAAAAGUUGAGAGCGUAUCAGUUGACGGGUCUUAAUUGGAUGGUUAGUAGAAUGAAACGUAAUUUAAGUGUCCUAUUGGCAGACGAGAUGGGUUUAGGGAAAACUGUUCAGACCAUUGCAGUGGUGGGUCAUAUGCUAUAUAAAGAAAAAUUAAUUGGUCCCUAUCUUGUAAUCGUGCCGCAAUCUACUGUUGAUAAUUGGCUGAAUGAGUUUAAGAGUUGGCUUCCCCAGGCCAAUGUGGUAUGUUACCAUGGAAAUGCUGUCAGUAGAGAACUUAUAAGGACCCACGAAUUAAAAAAAGUAUAUGUGGCUAACAAGGGCUUUAGAUACAAAUUUGAUGUGUGCAUUACAACUCCAUCCAUUUUGAACAGUUUAAGUGAUGUGGAAUUGUUGAAGAAAAUGCCUUGGCAGUUAAUGGUGGUUGAUGAAGCUCACCAAUUGAAAAAUCGACAAUCGAAGAGGUUCAUCGAGUUGAAGCAAUUUAUGGCGGAGUCCAAGUUGCUUCUUAGUGGUACUCCCCUUCAUAACAAUUUAGAGGAGUUGUGGACCCUAUUGCACUUCCUGAACCCACAACAAUACACGCAUUAUGAAAACUUCCAAAAGAAGUAUAACGAAAUUGAGAAUACUAGUCUGAUAGGGGAAGCCAAGCAGAAGCAACUGAUGCAGUUGCAACAUGAAUUGCAUGAAGUUAUACUACGGAGGGUUAAGAAAGAUGUGGAGAAAUCAUUGCCAAAUAAAGUGGAGAGAAUUCUUAGAGUAGAGUUAUCUCCUAUCCAGAUUGAAUUUUACAAGAAUAUUUUAACAAAAAAUUAUGAACAGCUAGCCAAAGCAUCUGGUGGAGCGAAAAACUCUCUUCAAAAUAUCUGCAUGGAAUUGAAGAAGGUAUGCAACCAUCCCUUUUUGUGUUGUGAACCUGUGGACAAGGAUGAGUAUAAGGAACGAUUGGUUUAUUCAAGUGGAAAGAUCUGUCUCUUGGAAAAGCUACUAAUUAGAUUGAAGGAGAGAGGAAAUCGUGUGCUCAUUUUUUCCCAAAUGGUAAAGAUGCUUAAUAUUCUAAGUGAGUAUUUAACCUUACGAGGAUUCAAGCACCAAAGGUUGGAUGGAACUAUGUCUAAGGAAAUGAGAAAGAAAGCAAUGAACCAUUUUAACAGUAAAAAUUCGGAUGAUUUUGUGUUCCUUUUAUCUACUAAAGCUGGUGGUUUGGGUAUUAACCUAACGUCUGCGGAUACCGUUAUUAUUUACGAUUCGGAUUGGAACCCACAGAAUGAUUUACAAGCAGGGGCCAGGGCACAUCGUAUUGGACAAACGAAAACGGUGCAGAUAUAUAGACUGGUUACCAAGGACUCCAUUGAACAAACCAUCCUAGAAAGAGCCAAAGUGAAAAUGGUUCUAGAUACACUUGUUGUCCAGGGAUUGAAUAAGAAGCAGAAUGAUAACGUUAACUACAUCGGUGGAGAAGGAGGAAAUACAUCCAACGGGUUCACCCGGGAAGAGUUGUCCAAAAUUUUAAAAUUCGGUGCUCAGAAAUUGUGGGAGAAAAAUAGCUCUAAAUAUUCGCCUCAAAAAAUGGAUGAAGAAAAAGCAGUUAUUAAAGGAGUAGAUGUGGAUUUGGAUAAAAUAUUGGAAGAAGCAGAAGCACAUGAAAAUGCUAAUAAUGCAAAUAAGGAUUUGAACUCCGAAUUUAAUAGUCUUCAUAAUUCGAAUAAUCUGUUUGCCAGUGGUAAUAGUCUAUUUGGAAGUGGAACCCCAGGCUCACCAUCGGGAGGAGGAACCGUAGGAUCAGGAGGAAUAGCAGAUGACCUACUGAGCUCCUACAACAACAUCACCGAAUUCAAGUACGAACCACCAGCGAACUUGAAAAGUAACAUUUAUAAUGAUUCCACUAAGGCAGAUGAUUUAGAGGAAGAAGAAGGGAAUGACAAAGAUUUCUGGGACCGAACUAUCCCCCUAGAGGAGAGACUGAAGUUGAAAAGGAUGAAGGAGGAGGAACUGCUAGUUCAUGGACCAAGAAAAACCAGAACCCGGGACCAUAGACACAACUUGUACGUAGAAUCUGCCAAUACACAAACGAUGAAUGACGAGGAUGACGAUAGUGAGGAGUACACGGUAAAAUAUCAUGAUAAAAACAAAAAUUUGAAAAAAAAAAGAAAGAGAAGAACCUCUACGCAUAUAACGGAGAAGGACAAGUUCCGACUCUACAGAUCCCUUAUGAAAUUUGGAAAUCCUUACCUACGUCUAGACGAUAUUCGAGUAGAUUCUAAACUAACCAAAGUGGAUCAAAAUGUUAUACUCACAGAACUAAAUAUUAUUGUAGAUACGUGCAAAGAAAUUGUAGAAAGGGUUGCCAAGGAGAACUCCUUGAAGGUAAACGAAGAGAAUGCAAUGGCGGCAAGGGAUGGAAUUGAGGGAGCAGGCGUAGUAGAUGCUGCAGGGGGAGUGGUGGAUGAGGAGGAAGAGGAAGAAGAAAGGGCGGUUAAACGAAUGAAGGAUGAAGCUGACAUUAAACUAUUGAAGGAGGAGGAAAAUAAUAACACCACAACCACCACUGAUAGCAACCAUUUGACAGUCGGCUCGUGUGAUGACUCCAGUGGGAAGAAGUUGGAAGAAGGAGCAGAUGAUGCGGGCGUUGUAGCCGAUCAUGGUGCUGAUAGUGUGCAGUCUGAUGAGGGGAAAAAGACGCCACGUGGAAUGAAGGAAAACAAAUCCUCCUUUAAAGGUGGCUCGGCUGAUGCUGUUGGCGGUGAUGGAGAAGAGGAUGCAGUGGCAGAAGCAGAAGCGGAGGAUGGAAACGCCCAAGGAGCAGGAGCAUCAGCGGGAGGAGGUUUAUUUUCAAAAUUCCUGAACUUGGUGAAGGGCCAGGGUGGCGAAGAGAAAGUCGAAGAGACGAAGGAAGAAAUGAAGAAGGAAGGAAAGGAGGUGGAGGAACUGAACGGAAAGGAAAAUGAUAACAACUCCAAUGAGGAAAGCGAUGGAAAUAAUAAGACCAAGGGCACGGAACGAACAAGGAAGGUAGACGCCUACACCUUUUACAUUGGCACGAACAGAGCAAACGCCCUGGACCUAUGUCAGCGCCUGCAAUUAUUUAAGAGUCUGCACGAAUUUGUGAAGGAGCAGAAUGGCGGAAACGAGUACAGCUUCCGCCUUCCCCUAAGAGCUAACAGCAGCGCCAUUACCGAUGUUGCCUCCGGUGUUGUGGAGGAUGGGAAGAAGAGUCACCUAUUAGAGGAGAAAAAUGAAUCAGGUGGUGAGGUGAAGGCGGAGAUGAAGGUAGAAAUGAAGGAAGAAGUGAAAGCAGAAAUGAAAGCAGAAGAAGGAGAAGUAAAGGUAGAACCUGUCGGCAAUGCUCUGAGUGAGGCGCCCACAGAAACGAAGGAUGAAAUGAACGAUUACCUAAAGUUGAAAUUGCCCGACUACAUAUUUAACCACUUGAGAGACCUCGCAACGAAGGAUGUGAAGGCGUGGUCAAAGGAAGACGAUGAAAAUUUAAUCAAAGGAGUGUACGUUUAUGGGUUUGGAUCGGUAAACGAGAUUUGUGCAGAUGUGAACCUAAAUCUAAGUCAUAUAAAAAAUGUGAAAUGUGAUAAAGUAAAGGUGAGGUGUGUGCGUAUUUUGAAAAUGAUUGACGAAUUUCACUGCAACGUUAAGGAUGACACGACUAGUAGGAAACGUAGAAGGGUGCGCAAUAGGAGUAGGAACAAUGAAGUGACUAAGGGGGUCGAAGGGAAAGGCGUAGGUACCAGUGGAGGAGCAACCAAUUACAAGAAGGUGAAACAGGAGGAGGAAGAAGCCGGAGAGGGUGACGCAGUGACCGAAUCCACUGGGGGAGCAGCAAGCCUGGCCAAGGGUAGCAAUGGAAGUAAUCAUAGGCAAAGCUACUACAGCAGAAGGAGCAGCGAAAGGGUGAAAGCCAUCUACAUGAAUGAUGAGAAGGAGGAAGGAGUGGUUACGAAGAAGAGAGCUAUUUAUCCAUCGGGAGGAUCCUUAAAAAGGGGAGAAAAGGUAGAAAAAGUAGAACACAUCAAUGGGGCGGAAAGUACUCCUCAGAAUGAGAGAAGGAAAGGUGGCACAAGGUCAGGGUCAGUAGCCAAAGGGGAAAGGAGUGCCAAUCAAAACAACAACAACAGUAGUAGUAGUGUGGGAAUUUUAGGAAGCAUGGUAAGCGUUGGGAGUAUGGGAAGCUUGGGCAGCAAUACCCUUAAUAGCAGGAAGAGCAAGAACCACCCAAGGGGUGGGGAGGGUUCAGAAUGUGGGUCGUCGAACGAGAACAAAAGCUUUGUAAGUAAAGAAGAUGGAGAGCAGGGCGUCAAAGGUAUUAUGGGUUCCGCAGAGAUAGGAGAGGGCAGCAUGACACGCAGGAGAAGCAACAGAAGUAUUAGUGUUAAGAAGUACAACACUGCCGAUAAUGAAGGAGGGAAAAUGACACGAAGGAAGAGCUCCCGAGUGAGGAGGGGAAGGAAUGAUGUAUCAUCAUCUCCACUUUCCGCAGGGAAAGACAAUGCACUUGCGUCAAAUGAAGGAGAGUACUUUGACAGUUAUGCAGACCUGAGCAUUGAUCCGGAGGGAGGAGCAGGAGGAGAAAUAGGGACGCUAGAGGUAGAGGAUGAGAUGGAUGGCCAAGUAAAUGAGCAGAUGGAUGAGCAGUUGGAUGAGCAGUUGGAUGAGCAGAUGGAUGAACAAAUGGAUGGCGAGCAAAGAAAGAGAGAAAAGAAACAUUCAAAAAAAAAAAAAAAAAAAAAAAAAUUAUCGGAUGAUGAAGUAUUGCAUAAAAUUAGAAGCUGCAAUUUGAAGGAAAUGAAUCAACAUAGCAUGAACAAGCUAGCCAAAAAGUAUGUCAAGAAGCACAAGAAGUUGCUAAGGGUGGUAAAAAAAAUCACACAGUUGGGGGAACAAGAUAUCCUCCACCUCCAGGAGCAAGAGCAGACGGCGGGAGAGGCAGCCGACCAAGGUAGUAGUAGUAGUGCGACUCGUACUUCCGCACUGGAUAAAUGGAAGUCUCCGGAAAUUAAAGAGAAAAUUAAUGAGUUCAUCCUUUUUAUUGGUAACCAUAUUAGGAAGAUAGGCGAUGUGUGUCCAGACAAGGAGUGCGGAGAAAUUUUGAGCAGAUCCGGUUGGGAGUAUGUUUCUAAAUUCCUAGGGGAGACGAGCGAGAGCCUACAGGAGAAGUAUGCGGAAGGGCAACGUGAAUGGCAGGCGAAGGAGUCGAGUCAGUUAGAACAAUCGAAGGACAAUGAGGAUGGUGUAAAUUGCCAAGGAUCCAUCACAGAAGAUGACCUCGUGGCUUUCUUUUUCUCCAAAAGGAUUUCGAACAUGUGUCGCCUACAAGGGGUAGAAGAAGCAGAAGAGGAAGACGAAGACGAUGAGGACGAUGAUGAACACUCACAUGAGCAGUUACAUGGGCAGUCACACGACCAACCAAGGAGGGGAAGAUCAAUGACAAAUAUCAAUUUUGAAUUGGAAUAA